UGCAGCAGGAACUGGUCGCACAAUAACUGUGACGUUCGCGACUGUUCCUACAUUUUCCAAAGCACUCAAAUGCAGCGUGUACGUAACCAACCAAUGACGACGGAGGAAUGAGUGCGUGGUAUUGUAACGUUCUAGCGACAAAAGUUAGCUUCGUAUAACUUACAUCACAGACAACGAGAGCAGAAAAAGCCCCUUUAAGGACUGUCUUAUGGAUCCUGCUCAGCAGGCCAACAAGGCCAAGCGGAAUCGAGGGAUGAGGCGCAGCCAGAAUCAGUCGGUGACUCCUCCUCCAAAAGACGCCUACGCCAGGCUGCUGAGCCAGCACCGCAGCAGUAUGUUCGCUUCCUAUCUAGCACAGUACGCACAGGACUCGUUAACCCAAAAAGAGGCAAACGACUCCAGCGCGUCGCUCCAAGGCCACAGCGACAGGCUUAACUUGCCACAACAAAAAAAGGACCAUGUGCUGAUCGAGUUCCCCGACUCAAGCGACUUCUCUCUGUCCUCCUCAAAAAACAAAGGGGAAGAGAGUUCACUGUCCUUGUAUAUGGAGAAGUUAAGCAGUCAUUGUGACCAGCAGGACUGCGAAAGGAAGCCAGGUGUGAAUGAGAGACAACGACGGGACCAGAGGAGGGACACCACCACCAGCCAGGACGGAGACAUCGAGUCCGGCGAGGAGCUUGCCUGUUCGCGAAGCAACGGCCCAAAGAAACAUCAGAAACAGCAAAAGAAAACGGAUGGUCCAAACAAAAACGCUGCCCCCAAAGCAGCCGAGGUGUAUGCUGGGCCUCAGACCCCAACAAUGAACGCUGGUGCAAGCGAGCAGGAGCAGGAGAAAGGGAGGAAGUCAAAGAAAAAAACCCAACCGAAGAAACCAGAGGAGGAGAAAAACAGGGAGGCGGUUUUAAAAUUAUCCGCUGAUCCUCAAACACAGAGUCCUAAACCAAAACAGGGAGUAAAUUCUCUUGGCGCAAAGGGUAAGAACAAAGGAGACGGGAGAUCGAAGAAGCAGGUGUUUGAGUCCUACAUGAGCUUGGAGGAGGUUUCCCAUGGCCUGAAAAGAGGAGAGCUUUACCAGGGACAAUUAAGAAUCAAUCCCAAGAAUUACAAUGAAGCCUUUUUUCCGUCUCCUGACGACACGCGUGACAUAUUCCUGGACGGAGUCGUUGCCCGCAACAGGGCGCUUAACGGAGACAUAGUGGUGAUUCAGAUUCUCCCUCGGGAACAGUGGAAGGUGGUGAAGUCUGAUACCGACUGCGACAGCACCAGUGAGUCGGACACACAGACGGAGCAUGUGCUGCGAACGGCCCAGAAGAGCGCAGGGCACGGCCCGAGUCCUAAUGUCAGAGCGGAGGACCAGUCCAGCGACCCGGAGGAACUGCUUAGGAAACGUCCUGAUGUCUCUUGCGCUGACACAGGGGAACAUCUGGAAGAUCCUUCAGCAUCCCGAGCCAACGCUGACAUCCUCCAAAAGACAGCGAAAGUGGUUUACAUCGUUGAGAGAAAACACUCCCGAGCCGUCACAGGUCACCUGAAGUUCCUACCAGACAAGCCCUUCGCCAUGUUCUCUCCCGUAGACCACCGGGUGCCACGAAUAAACGUCAAACUCGACGACUGUCCCGCGGAGUUCAGAACCAACCCGGGCGACUUCGCCAAGACCCUGUUGAUCUGCCAGAUCACCGACUGGGCAGCCGACAGCAACUUUGCCGAAGGCCGACUCGCUAAGACCCUGGGCCAAGCAGGAGAGAUUGAGCCGGAGACGGAAGGAAUCAUGAUCGAGUACAACGUGGAUUUUUCAGAGUUCCCACAAGAGGUGUUGGACUGUCUUCCUAGGACGCUCCCGUGGACCAUCCCACCCGAGGAGAUUGAAAAGAGGAGGGAUCUCCGGAAGGAGUGUGUCUUUACGAUCGAUCCUGCCACUGCCAGAGACCUGGACGACGCCCUGUCUUGUAAACAACUCCCAGACGGCAACUUUGAGGUCGGAGUUCACAUCGCUGACGUCAGCUAUUUUGUGAAGGAAGGCACCUCGCUUGACAACAUGGCCUCCCAAAGAGCCACCAGCGUUUAUCUCGUUCAGAUGGUGGUGCCCAUGCUGCCCAGGCUGCUGUGUGAGGAGCUGUGCAGCCUGAAUCCUCUCACCGACAGACUCACCUUCUCCGUCAUCUGGAAGCUCACACCUGAGGGAAAGAUCCUGGACGAGUGGUUCGGCCGCUCGGUCGUGCACUCCUGCGUGAAGCUGAGCUACGACGACGCUCAGCGAUUGAUCGAGGCUCCCGAGAGGUUAUUCCCUCCGGACGAGCUUCCGCCCAUCGACGCCGAGCACACCGUCGACGAGAUCCACCAAGCCGUGCUCCACCUGCACUCCAUUGCCAAGAACCUUCGAGCUCAACGCUUUCUAGGGGGCGCUCUUAGACUGGACCAGCCGAAACUUUCUUUCACACUUGACAAAGAGACCAUGACGCCCCAAGGUUGUUACAUUUACGAAUACAGAGACUGCAACAAGCUGGUGGAGGAGUUCAUGCUGCUGGCUAACAUGGCCACAGCGACCCACAUUUACAGGGCGUUCCCUACGCUGGCGCUGCUGCGGCGCCACCCGCCACCCAAAGCCAAGCUGGUGAAGGAGCUGGAGGUUCUGUGCAACCAGCUGGGCCUGAACAUGGACUUCACCUCUGCAGGAACCAUACACAAGAGCCUCUGUGCCAUUUAUGGAGAUGACGAGUACUCGGUUUACAGGAGACAAGUCCUUAAUAACAUGUGCUCCAGACCCAUGCAGCUGGCCUUGUACUUCUGUACCGGUACGAGGCUGCAGAGGGAACAUUUUCAGCACUACGCUCUCAACGUUCCCCUCUACACACACUUCACAUCGCCCAUCAGGCGCUACCCUGACAUCAUCGUGCACCGGCUGCUGGCGGCGUCUCUGAACCUCGGGCCUCCUUUGGGCCUGUCGACAGAGGAAGUCCAAAUAAGGGCGUUGCACUGCAAUGAUAAGAAGACUUUGUCCAAGAAAGUGCAGGAGCUCAGCUCUGAGCUUUACUUCGGAGUGUUUGUGAAGGAGUGUGGCCCACUGGAGUCCAAAGCCAUGGUGAUGGGUGUGCUGGAUAAGUCCUUUGACGUUCUGGUUAUCCAAUACGGAGUCCAGAAACGCAUCUACUGCAAGUCCAUCGUGGGCCUGGACUCGUACCGCUACCGGAAGGCGGAGAAGGUCCCGCAGCUGGUGCUGGUCUGGACGAAUGACGAUGAAGAAGGUUCCCCUGUAGAGCAGGUCAUUUCCAUCUUCUCUGUGGUGGACGUGCAGCUCAAGGCGGACGACGUGCCUCUGAAAUACAGCGCGCUGCUCAGGAGGCCUGAAAACAUUGCUUCAUAAAACAACACCUUGCAGAAAAUUGAGACUUGUACAUUUUUGUUUUGCAGUGUGAUUGUGAAGCUUAGAUGUGGUACUGCGUUGUAGCCGCCGUCCUAUCAGAGUCAAACCUCAGCUCAGUUCCUGUGAAAGGAAAAGGUUUCUUGAAGGUUUAGUUUUUAGUCUUUUUAACUGACCUCACUCAGCAGCUGCCCACUCUCCAAGGUCGCAGGCUCCUAGAAAACGUUUCCACCAUCAUAUAGCAGAAAUAUUUCAAUGUUUCCCAGCUCUCUUUACAUUGCACAAACGGCAUUUAUGUUAUUUAUUUCACUAGAUCAUUUUUAAAAGAUUCAGAGUCUGUCAGUUAGUUCUCUGGAAAACGGGCAGCUGCAGUGUGAAUCUUACUACAAGGUGUUAAGUGUUUCUGUGUACAUGGAAGAUUCAGACAUUUUUCUGGAACUUUCUGAAUAUGGCAGAAAUGAUCUCUUAUUAUUUUGUUUUGACCAGAUUGGGUCAGUUUCGACGUACUAUGAUUUUUAGUUCAGUUUCAUUUAUGAAACCAGAUUUUGAAACCUUGUUUCAGUUUGACGUUGGUGACAUUUUUCUAUAAAGAAGGGAGGAAAAGGGCCUUUGUGUUGGACUCACCCACACAAGAACCCGUGUUGUAUUACACUCUACCAGCGUUUGCCCUCGGCUUAUUUUCUGUGACUCGGACGAAUUUUGACCAGCAUGACUCAGAUAGCGAAACGACAGCAAACUUGUGUCAUAUUAUUUGCUCAUUCAUCUAGACGUCGACAUUGACGUGCGGUUCCGAUCAGAAGUUUUUGGAUACACGAGCUCGUUUGAUACGAUGUACAAAUUAAAUUCCUUUUUUUUUUUUUUCUUUUUGACAGAAGUUAUUAUUUCCUUCAAAAUACAAAUUUACACAUACUGGAUCAGAUGUAUUCAUACACACCCUUCAGUAUUUGCUUUAAAACCCUUUUGGACUUUGUAGAAAAGCUAUCAGGUGCAAGUCUGGGUGGAUAUUUUUCCACUCUUACCAGAUUUGUUUAAAAUAGUUGGUUUCCUGGCGCAGACAUAGCUUUUGCCCCUUUUGCAAGUGUUUCUGGUCUAGUUUCUAGUGCUGAUAUCUUAUUACACUUAAAAUAAGACAAAACUCACUUGCAAGCAACUUUUCAUCAAGAAAUGGGAGCUUGUUUUAAGUCAAUAAUUCCUUAAUACUGUUGAAAACAUUUCUUUCACUGGCAGAUUGUUUCACCUAUAAAAUGGGGAAAAGAAAUAUCUUGUUAUAAGUCAAAUAAUCUGUCAAUGAAACUAGAACUUUUCAUCAAUAUUAAGGAAUUGUUUACUUGGGUCAAGCUCCUGUUUCUUGCUGAAAAGUCACAUGUAAGUGGGUUUUGUCUUAUUUCAAUAAUGCUACGAUAUUUUCACUAGAAACUAGACCAAGCAAUACUUGGUUUAUGAGCAGUGUGGAUGCUAAAAUAUUGAAAAACGAGAGUUUGCAGUCAACUUUGACCUCUGCAGUUCCUGGGUUGCUCCUGAACAUUGUGACCUAUUUUUCCGUCACCUGAAUCUGGUCCUUCAAGACAAAGAUCAGGCUGUAAAAAUUCCCCCCCCGACUGCAACUCUUCUCUUUUUUUCUUCCUUUUUUUUGAGUAACAUGUGCUGUUACUAUGGAGUUAUAGUGCUAUUUCUGAUGAGUGGAUUACUUUAAGACGGGGGUGUCCAAAGUGUGGCCCAUGUGCCACUUGUGGCCCUUGGACUGAUUUUGUGCGUCCCCCAACUGUAGUUCAAAAAUUAUACAAAUUUGGCCGGUAGAUGCAGACGGAGACUUUUAAUUUGUAAUCAGGGUAAAAAUUGUUACCAACAUAAUUUUCUUACAUAGGAAAAUGUAACAUAUAACACAAAGUAUUUGUCUUCUUAUGACUAAGUUUUAACAAAAGAUGAAACCAAGUUGUUAUUUUACUGGAAAGCCAACUUCACUUCACCACAAACCAGCUUUUACUUUGUUUUGCACUUGGCUACAUGUAGCAAGCAUUUUUGAAAGAAAUCGGCCCCAAUUCUGUUCUAAUUCUUGAAAAUAAAUUUAUUUGAUCAAGCCCAAUAGAAAUGGAAAAACUAUACGUCUUUCUUUUAGUACAGCAAACUUGCACAAUUAAAGUAGUAGUAAGUAAUAAAUGUAUGCCAAAGAGCAGAAAUUUUGAGAAUAAUCUCUACAAAAAUCUUGGAUUUCAAAUGUCAAAAGAAAUUUUUUUGGCAUUUGAAAUCUAAGAUUUUCUUUUGAAAUGUUUUCUAGAAUGGUGGAAAUCGACUCCUUUUUUUUUCUACCCUAAUACACCGUCGUCAUAAAAAUUGCUUUCACGUUUUGAAUCUAUUAUGAAGUUUGGGCUUUUUUUUUUUAUUUGCCUGAUUUUAGUUUGGGGUUUUUGUUCGUUUUGUUUUUUAUCUGAGACUACUUUUUAAUCUACAAUGUUGACCCACUUGGCAAAUAGUUUGGACGCCCCACCCAGAAUUAUGCCACAAGCUACAGGUUCUCUGCAGUGUGCCAUGGGUUAUUUAUCCUUAUCUUAGUGGGAGUGGGCUUUAAAUCAACCGUAUAAAUAGUUCUCUAAAUUCUCACUCGUUCACUCAGUUGUUGUCUGCAGAAGAAUUGAAGUUGGAUGUUGUACUAUGAAUUCAACACAAGUAGAAAGUUUCAGAUAAACUGAAGUGAAUGUGGAAAUCCUUUUAGCUUUCUGUUUACAUUUUAUGCAUUAUUGUUCUGAAGAAAAGAGGAGCUUCCUGUUUAGAAGCUCACAGGACUUUUAUGUCAAUUACUAAAAAAUAAAUAAAUAAAGUAAAAUAGGAUCUGACGUGUUGUUGCCGUCUAAACAAAACUUUAUGCUCUCGUGGUUCAGCGUGCCAGUCAAGCCAAAGCUGAAACUCCUUGGAAUGACUUGAAUGUGAAAGCUGCUAAAACGUGGGUGGCCUUUGAGGCCUUGAGGAAUUUCUUCGUUGCAAACGUGCUUCCAACUGCGACUGCUUUCUUCUCUUUUUGCUCUAACGGAUUUACAGAUUUGGUUUCUGCAGCAGCAAUGCACUUGUCCUUAAUCAAACAUUAAUUUGAGUCUUAAACAAAUGAUUAAAUCAGGAGAGACUGGGCACCACAGACUACUGAUUUUGCCUCUUUUUUUUUUUUUUCUCAAAGAACUACUGGAUGAUUUUGAAUUGUUGUUCAGUGACUGUAGAAAAUUGUGAUUUAGUCACGAGAAAAUCCAAACGCGGAUUUUUGUAAACCUUUUGAAAACGUUCUCUUAUCAAUUAUAACCUAGAUGUUCAGCAUUUAAUGUUCACUCUGUCUCCCAAAGGAUUGUAUUCAAAUGUCUUUUUGUUUGUGGCUUCAGAACAAUACACUUAUUAACCCAAA